AUGGUUUCUCUCUUCCUUGCGUUCGUAUGUCUUCACGUCCCCGCACUAUCAGGACCAGAAACCGACAACUUCAAGCUGGUCAUCUUCGGCACAAUGAUGGCGGAUGUGGCAAUCACCCAGAUGUCCGUGCUGAAGCAUUCCACACUGAUUGUCGCGGCCAUACUUGUCGUCAUGAUCGUGGUUUCGGCAGUGGAAGCUACUCUGAUCGUUAAGAUCCCGGAGAUCGCUGCUUCCUGGAUUGAUUCGUAUUUGGUGGUCAUAGCACUGUUCGGAGCGAUACUCAGGUAUUGUCUGAAUUGGGAUCGGAGCACGGGAACGGACAGGUUUUGGAAAACACUCUACACUUUUAAAGAAAUUUCUCGGUCAUUGGGAAGUUUUUCCAAAUGCCUGUCAGUUUUCAAAACUUCAAUUCCAACAAUUUGA